AUGAAUUUUGCUCCCCAUUUGCUUGAUAUAUUGCCAUUUAAGGGUGUUCUUGGGCCCUUUGAUAGAGGAAGAGAAAGAAAACUUGAUGAUUUGGACAAAGCUUUCUACAAGGAUUUUGGUAAGGUCACUGAAGCAUCAAAUGUUAUUGUAGAGGUUCUUGAUACUCUUGAUUCCCUAAGUACUCGUUGUGUUGAUAUAGAGAAGUUGGUGAUGAAAUUCAUACCUCAAGAGACUCUAGUUUUACUUCUGAAUAAAAUUGAUCUUGUUCCUAAAGAAGCUGUUGAGAAGUGGCUCAAGUAUCUUAGGGAAGAAUUACCAAUAGUUGCAUUUAAGUGCAGUACUCAACAACAAAGAUCAAGCUUAGGGUGGAAGUCGUCAUCCAAGGCAGCAAAACCAAGCAAUCUUAUGCAAACGAGGGAUUGUAUAGGAGCUGAAACUCUUAUUAAAUUGUUGAAGAAUUACUCAAGAAACCAUGAGAUAAAGAAGUCAAUUAUGGUGGGUAUUAUUGGCCUACCCAAUGUUGGUAAGAGUAGUCUCAUUAAUAGUUUGAAGAGGUGUUAUCGCCAACAUUGGUGCUACUCCGGGAUUUACAAGAUCAAUGUAAGAAGUUCAGUUAGGCAAAAAUCUCAAAUUGUUGGACUACCCUGGAAUGCUAGGCCCUCGACUCCUCUCAUGACUACAAGCUCUGCUACGAGUGGAAGAGUUGAUAUAGAGGAACCACCUGAAUGUAGAGAAACUGAUAUUCCAUGUACCUCUAAAAGAGUUGAAGAAAGUAAAGAAGAUAGACCAAAUUCACAAGACAAUGAGGAUGGCAUUGCCAAGACACCGCAGUUAGAGGAUGAAGUUGGUGGUGAUAUGAUUGAAGAGCCAAAGUCUGGAAUGGAGUUUAAUUCUUUUGAAAAAUUAAUGGUUUAUUAUAAGCAGUAUGGUCAGAAAAGUGGGUUUGGGGUAAUGAUAAGAAGGACUGAUAAGGGGGAUGAUGAGACUGUCUGA